AAACCAAGCAGAUAACCAUUAACAAAAACAAACCAAUAACCAAGCAGAACUUUUGCUUCCAAAAAAGGUAUUGAACGCAUAAAAAGAAAAGCAGUGGCUUACGUUGUCAUUGAAGAUUUUAACAAGUGCAGCUCUUUUGAUAACAGUAUCAUUGUUGUUAAUGGCAAUGACGAUGACAAUGAUGUUUAUGUUGAAAAACGGUUAAUACAGGUAAAAAAGAAGACUCGAACAAACUAGACGUAAGGAUAUUCCUACAAAUAUGUGGAUUUGACUCGAACGUAAAGUAGUUAAUUUUUUAGCGGUUUAAAAAAAAAGAAAUUGUAGCUGUAACCUAUAUAUAAAAGAAAACAUUGACUAUAUCUUAUGAGAGCAUGCAGUUAUGUUUAAUAUGAUAUACGAGAAUGGUAAUGCAAAGACAACAUAAUUGCACGCAAGCGCAUCGAAAUUUAUAUUUCUUCGCGGAUUCGCGGAAAUACUUGAAAGUAUCAUGUACGCAAAAAGUGACUCUAACCACCAGAUGUACUGAUGGAGCGCGGAAAGGGAAGAAAGAGUUAGAGUCCACAAGAGAGACGGAGAUAGCGAAAAGCAGUAUUUGCGCCGACGAGGUCGCGCGCGCGCGCGCGCCUUUUUCUUCUCCCCGUUUCUUGUACCUACAUACAACAUGUAAGUAAAUACCCACGUCGAAGAAAAAAUAUUAAUUGAAAGGAUUGAGCGUAAACAACGGCCGGGGAGCCUUCCCCGACGGCCGUGCCGACGUCAUUUACCGGAGACAGAAAGAAAUAACUACAAGAGCUGUAACGAGAGCGAACAGUAGGGCACAAGAAUGUUGCUCUUCCAUAGAAAAUGCGGCGACCGUGUGAGCUUAAUGAACAACCAGUGCACCGCUGUCAGGAGUGUCUCUGAGUACAAUUAUGGCCUGGUUUUUAGUGCUGAACCAUUGAAAGAUGACGAAGUUUUCCAGGUUCGCAUUGAUAAAAAGAUGAUGAUAUGGAGUGGAACGAUAGAGAUCGGAGUGACAGCUUGUGAUCCAGAAAACACCAAUUUACCAGCAUCAGCUACAAGUUUGCGACAUGGAUCAUGGAUUAUGACAGGUUCUAGUAUAAUUCACAACGGAGAGCCUGUUUUAGAACAGUAUGGAAUAGAUUUGAGUACAUUAGAUGAAGGACAUAUUAUUGGAGUAUGUCGAACAUCAAAGGAUGAGUUGGUAUUUUAUGUGAAUGGCUCUCCACAAGGAAUAGCAGCUACAAAUAUACCAUCUAGAGUUUAUGCAGUUAUUAAUAUGUAUGGAAACUGUAUUCAGGUUACCACAAUUCAACCUUCUAUUAGUCCUGCAUCAAAUUGUAGUAAUGGGGAGCUCCCAUUAGAAAUUAAUAAUGAUUAUGCAAUGGAUGAAGCAUCAACCUCAUCUACAACAAAUUUAGUGACAAAUUUAAAUGUGAAUCUAAAUGUACUACCAAAAAAUCCAAGCUUAGCUGCCAUAAGGGAAGAUAAAUUGAGAUUCCAUGAAAGAGUGGGUUCCCUAGUCAAAUUAUCAAAUAAUGCUCGUACAGCAGAAAGGAGAAGACCAUUAGAUGAAUUCAACAAUGGAGUUGUGAUGACUCAUAGGCCUCUGAGAGAUAAUGAAUUGUUUGAGAUUCGCAUUGAUAGACUAGUUGAUAAAUGGUCAGGUAGUAUAGAAGUAGGUGUCACUACACAUAGCCCUACUGCCUUAGAGUUCCCUGCAACUAUGACAAAUAUGCGUUCUGGUACUACUAUGAUGUCUGGAUGUGGUAUAUUAACCAAUGGGAAAGGAACUCGACGAGAGUAUGGUGAAUUCAAUUUAGAUGAGCUCAGAGAAGGAGAUCGGGUAGGUAUGCUGCGAAAAAGUAACGGCAACCUUCAUUACUUCAUAAACGGCCUCGACCAAGGAGUUGCUGCCAAAGUUCCUAAUACAAUAUGGGGCGUCAUUGAUUUAUACGGGAUGACCGUGAAAGUUACAAUCGUCGAUCGUGAUGAGAGAGAAGAACAAAAUCUCGUUACCCGAAGAAAUACUUUGCAACUACAAGGAAUAAACGGCGAAUCUGAGGAGCCUCUAGAUAGAUUGAUGUUCCAUCCGUGUUGCGGUACUCACGCGGAUGUAAUUAACAAUGGUCGUACAGCUCAUCGACCAAAUGCCAUAGAUGACUUCAACAACGGCGUUGUUCUGACCUCGAGGCCCUUGAGGGCAAAUGAACUGUUUGAAGUGAGGCUCGAUAAAAUUGUCGCAAAAUGGGCCGGGUCAAUCGAAAUAGGAGUUACCACUCAUUCUCCAACUGAACUGGAGUUUCCAUUUACAAUGACCAACGUAAGGUCAGGUACGUGGAUGAUGACAGGUAAUGGAGUGAUGCAUAACGGCACGACAAUGAUCGAUCAAUACGGCCAGAACUUAGACAGAUUACAAGUAGGCGAUCGCGUGGGAGUGAUGCGUAAAGACAAUUCGACACUUCACUUUUUCGUGAAUGGCACGGAUCAGGGUGCAGCGGCAACUGGAGUCCCGGAGCGGGUUUAUGGAGUGAUCGAUCUGUACGGUCAAGCAGCCCAAGCUACUAUCGUUGACAAUUCUGAUUUUUGUAGCCCUACCACAAUUAAUUCCAGUCUUAGUAAUACUACUUUAUACUGUGAUCUACGCUUUCACCAUGUGCAUGGAAAGAAUGCCCGAAUCACUAACAACGGAUUGACAGCCUCAAGACCGCGAGCUCUUGGAGAAUUUAACGACGCGAUAGUCAUUGCAAAUCGUGCGCUUCGCGACGGCGAAAUUUUCGAAGUUUCUAUUGAUAAGAUGGUUGAAAGAUGGUCAGGUGCAAUAGAAGCUGGUGUUACGGCGAUAAGGCCAGACGAGUUAGAAUUCCCAUCGACGAUGACAGAUAUCGACCAUGACACGUGGAUGCUCUCAGGCUCGACGAUCAUUCGAGACGGUGUUCCUUUGAGGAAUAACUACAGUUGCGAUCUGGAUAAGCUUGCCGAGGGCAACCGUAUCGGUAUGAUGCGUUGUUCAGACGGAAGCUUGCAUUAUUAUCUUGACGGCGUGGAUCAAGGCACCGCGUGUAUUGGUCUCCCGGCGCAAGUUUAUCCUGUUAUCGAUCUCUACGGACAAUGUGCCCAAGUAACAAUCGUUUUACCAGAGCGACGUGAUAUGAUACAACAAUACCUGCCAUCAGAAAACAGCACAACGAGCCAGCAGCCAACGUCGGUCGUACCACCCGCUGUUCAAACCGAGAUAACUCACAAAUUCCACGAGUCGGUGGGUCUGAAUAUACAAUUAGAUACUGGGCGCACGGUGGCUACUCGCUGUCGCGAGUACAGUAAUGCUGUACUACUCAGCGAUGCUCCUCUUGAGAAUAACGAGAUUUUUGAGAUCUGCAUUCAGGAGGUUGCCAAGGAGUGGAGCGGUUCGCUCAGAAUAGGUUUGAUUAGCAACGAAAAUGGUAGUUGGUUAACGUCGAUGAAUCUUGUCCAAGGGAUGACUUCCAUACCCGUUGAUGCCUGGUAUCUCACUGGUAAUCAAGUGAGGCAUAAAGGACACUGCCUUUGUUGGAACUACUGUCCAAGUUUAGAUUGGUUGCGUGUAGGAGAUAAAAUCGGUCUGAAACGUACGAACGAGGGUAACCUAAAGUUUUACGUGAAUCGAGAAGACAUGGGUGUCGCUGCAACGAACGUGCCUGAAAUGUGUUACGCCGUGAUUGAACUGUUUGGGUGUACGGUUGCCGUAUGCGUGACUAGCACAAAGCAGCAAAAUAUCGCGAUAUCACCAAAUGCAAGUCUUAGGUUACAAGAUUCUUUGGAAUUAUUGUUGGAUCCGAUGUCAUCUGGUGUCAGAGGUGAGGGAAAUAUGGAGUUAUCUUACGAUGCGUGCGGAGAAGGAAAACUAUUGACCGAUUUUGUAACGACACCAACUCAAAUGGCAGUAGCAUCCAUAGGUGAAAGUGAUUGGUCCUAUGAAUUCCACGAAAACCACGGCAGAAAUGUUCAAUUAGAGAAGAAGACUGUCGCCAAACGAGUAGCAAGUUAUAAUCAAGGUGUAAUCAUGUCUAGUAAACCUUUGAUAAAAAAUAAAUUAUUUCAAGUUAAAAUUGAGAAAGUGAACGACAGGUGGGUAUCUGGAAUGCUAUGUGGAGUCUCUUGUAUUCCGCCAGAAAAAGUGACUUUCCCCGUAACGGCUCUCGGUUUGAAGAAACACUCGUGGAUUAUAUGUAGCGAUUGGAUAUCACAUAAUGGAACAAAAGUCAGAUCCUGUUACGGUGCAAACCUAGAGAAUCUGCGAUCGGGAUCGAUAGUUGGUUUGCUUCUGGAUGAAGAAAUGCGCCUCCACUUGUAUAUUGAUGGCGUGGAUCAGGGUGUUGCAGUUUCGGACUUAUCCUCUUACGUUUACGCUGUUAUUGAUCUGUAUGGGCAGUGCGAACAAAUUUCAAUUGUCGGCUCUAGUAAUGAUACGUUGAGUCUGCCAUCUCUUCUUGGCGAGAACGAUAUACUCAAUAAUGACACGGACAAUGCUACAGCCUUGGCCAUAGCCAUCGAAUCAGAAGAUGUUGAAAACUCAAGAGAAAAAGCAGAUCUCGAGUGCCACGAAAAAGAAAGCAACGCAUCCAUCAUGUUAGAUGAUUUAGCUGAUGGCUUGGUCGAGUUGGAUUUGCAGGAUGAAGAAAGGCAUAGCAACGAUGAUGUUGAUAUCGAUGAGGAGUUGGCCAACUUUGUUACUGCGUCAACGACUGAUAAUGAUUUGGCAAGCAGGAAUCUGACAACCAGUAAUAAAGACUUGAAACCGAUAUCACUAUCAUCUUCAACUACAACAGCUGCAACUUCUAGCAACCUUGUACCGUUAGAUACCAAUUUUUCUGAUCCAAAUGGAGCUUGCGGAGAAACAAUUCUCUUCAAUAUUCUGGACAACAAUUUAUAUGGUGAUAAGGAACAAGCAACGUCGUCAUCACUCGAUAAUAAUGUCGUCGCAGAUAUCGAUGAUAAUUGCGAGGACGGUGGCUUUAAUAAUAACGAGCCCUGUACAAACGUCGAGCUCAAUAACGCCACGAAUAUCAAUAUUAAGAAUGGCUCCGUGAUCAGCUCAACAAACAUGACAAACUUGAACACCGCAAUUAACUCGAGUAAUGCUAACAAUGCUAUUAAUGAAAGUAUCGCGUCGAAUAGUUCGCAGAAUAAUAAUGUCAACGCAGUAUCAACGUUGAACAAUGUGAUGACGCAGAGCUCCAACGUCCGGGCCUGGCAUCAGAAUCAUUGCAUGCCCAGUGCACCUCAAGAGCUUCUACUUAAUUGUCAUCGUCAAUCUGCGAUUCCAAACAACUGUAUAUUAAGUAAUAGUAUAUUGAGCUCAGCACAACAGACUUUGUCGCAGCAGCCUUCGAUACCGUCCACGCCAUUGACGAGCAGCAACUUGAUAGUGCCUCCGCCUUCGAAAAAAUGCGAGUACCUGAAAGCUUGCGUGCGUCUGAAAAAAUCGCUGGUUUUACCAGAUGAAUUUUUCUCUGUGGACGAAGUGCUGUGCUACUGCAGCUCUUGCUUUAAAGCUGAUGGUGAUCAAGUUAUUUGCAAAAAAGGCGAGCCACUUGCCGAAUUCGCAAUACCCGUGGGGUGGGUAAGAUUUCCACUCAAGCACAGUAUAAAUGCCAAUCAGAUACCACAGAGUACUACCGAUAAAUGGCACGUUGCCUUUUACGGUACCAGAAUUGACGCCGUCCGACAGAUUCUCGAUAGGGGCGAAUUAUUAACCAAAGAGCAGUUGGACACUGAUUCAUUGACAAUCGGUACUAGUAGUGACGACCAAAACCCUCAAGUUGUUUUUUCGCCAAAUAUCAAAUAUGCAAGCUCCGAACAAUUUAUCAAGCAAUAUUCAUACAUCGAUACACAAUUAAACAAAAAAGUCAAUGUAUCAACAGCCUUUCAAUUACUCGUAAGGCCGAGUUCGUAUACAACCUCGUGUAAAAAAGAUGGAUUAGAUCCACAGCUUGAGUGCAUUGAAUGGGCUACCAAAGAAACUGGAGCUACAGUUAUUAUAGCAUUGUUGAUACAUCUUGAUGGAAUUUAAAAUUCUUAUUUUUCCAAAUAGCUCGCUUAACGUAGGCAACGUUCGCGCAUGUAUGUACUCUAAAGUAGUUAAAUCUUACCUACAUCUUUUUUGUUCGUACGUUAUAGCCAUUUAUUGUGGUUACGAGGCAAAAAUAAUAAUUUUUCUUAUAUUUUGCGCUUAAAAUUGAAAUUUUGAAAGACUUGAAAAUACCAAAUUAAAAUUUUUUCAAUGCAUUCGAUUUGUGAUGAUUAAAAGUAAUCGUUGACAUUAAUCAUAACUAUUUUUAAUUAUCUAUAAAGUACUUAAAUUUGCUUAUAAUUCAACAUAUAUAGAUAUAUAUCAUGUUUGAUUAAUAGCGAACCCAAGUCAUUUAAUUUGAUUGAUCAAAUUUCUUUGCUUAGUUACCAAAUUUAAAUAAUAUUAUACCAUCAUUAGGUUAUUAAUUUUACGUUUAAAAAUACACUUUUUCUGUGAUAUAUUGUAAUAUUAUAAUUAUACAUGGUAUUUAAUUUUACAUUUAAAAAAUCUAACUGUAACGAAAACGAUACUCUAAAGAGAAUGAUACGAAGGGAUUCAAUUGGUAAUAUAUAAACAAAUAUGAAUCGUUGACUGUUUAACAUUGUAAAGCUUAAUGAAUCUGUUAAAAAAUAUGAAAGUGCUUAUUGAACAAAAAAAAUAAACUUCUGAGUAAAAUAUUUUUCGUACAAAUUUUGCAGGAAUAAAAGUCGGAAAUAUUUUACUCAAUCGAUAGGGAAAAACGAUGCUUGUCGUUUUCGUUAUAUACAUAUGUAUAUGUGUACGGUAAAGUGCCAGCAGGAUAUUCAGCUAAAUUCAAUAUUUAUUGUAAAUUAUUGAACAUAAGUGUCCGCGCACAUGUCGAUGUAUAUCACAAAAGUAGCUCAAUUUUUACGGAGGAAGCGAUACUCGAAAUAUUUAUUAUAGUAUUGCGUCAUCAAUAAAAAUGUAUGCAGCAGCACUGAGAAUAUUUUACGUCUAGGGUUGAAAUUGUAAUCGAUCGCUUAUUGCACAUUUCGACAUCGUUUAAUUUUAAGGCUUGUUGUUUUUAGAAGAAAAAAAAAUGGCUUUUAUUAAACCUCGGAUAUUUUUGUUGCGCGAAAUUUGGACUAAUUUUGAUUGAAUGAUAGGUACAGAAUGUGCACUACGUUAAAGCUCAACCCUAGCCGUCCAAAAUCUCACAGCGAAAUAACUACUAGUUGUAUGAAUAAACGCAAUAUUUUGAGUU